AUGAGCUCAGCUCUGCAGAUGACAGCGUUGGGGCUCACUCUUCUCUCAACACUCUUCCUGCUCCUGGCCACGUGCACGGACUGCUGGAUGGUCAAUGCUGAUGACAGCUUGGAGGUAAGUCACAAAUGCCGAGGCCUUUGGAGGGAGUGUGUCACCAACAUGCAGGAUGGGGUUAGGACCUGUGACCAGUAUGACUCCAUCCUGGCUGACCACCCAGUGAAGAUCGUGGUGACACGGACCCUGAUGAUCACAGCAGACCUCCUGGCUGGCCUGGCUUUGGCUACACUGCUCCUUGGGCUCGAUUGCAUCAAGUUCCUCAAGGAAGACCCUUGUGUCAAACUGAGGAUGUGCUAUGGGGCCGGAGUCAUACUCGGCAUUGGGAGCAUCCUGGGGCUCGUGGGCUCUGUGUGGUACGCGGUGGACGUGUACGUGGAGAGGGCCACGCUGGUGUCACACAACAUAUUCCUGGGAGUCCACUACGACUUCGGGUGGUCCUGCUGGCUGGGGAUGGCUGGCUCCACUGGCUGCUUUGUGGCAUCUGUCCUGCUGACCUGCUGCCUCUAUGCCUGCACAGGUCAGGUGGAACUGACCCCGCUGGCUGUCCAGGUUCACUUCUCCUGCCACGUCUCCACGCUGUGGCAGCCUCAAGUCCUCCUGUGA